AUGAAGCCGCCAUCAUGGUGGAACCACAGCUCCGCGGGGUCGCCGUACCACUGCAGGAAGUACUGCGUCAGGUCAGGGACGACUGCUCGACGCCCUCGAGAAUGGCUUGCCGGCUCAUCGUGUUGAAGGCGUUCUUGGCGUCCAGGGAGAGGAGCACGCGCCGCUCGCUAGCGUCUCCUGCCGACAGGAAGGUCCGCACGGCUGCGAUAUCGGUGCCGCAGUCUCCAGGUCAGGUCGAGUCGCCAGUGCCGUGCAUUUCCCCGCCAGGCGAGAGAGGACCUCUCCGAUGCCAAUCGGGCGGACCCCCGGGCAUUUGUCGAGUGCGAUGAGGCGGCACAACCGCAGAGCCUUGAUGUCGUCUCAGGGAACAAUGGUGUUGGCCAGGGCGGACAAGAGAGACGCCACUGCCGAGCGAAGGCGGCCGCUCUUGGCGCCGAAGCGAAGCAGGAGCCCCUGCCAGAAGUCCGCGUCGCCUCCAGUCGGCCCAACGCUCCCGCUCAGGCUUCGUGUAGUGCGCUCCACCGCUGA